CUCACCAACCAAUAGUGUGGUUCCGAAUCUUUUCCCUUCUCUGACAUUUUAAGACACUAAAAAAAAAUAUAGUAAAAGUCGUCGUCUUUUUUUUCUUUGAAUGGCGACAUCGAAGCUACAAGCUCUAUGGAACCACCCUGCUGGCCCCAAAACUAUUCAUUUCUGGGCUCCAACUUUUAAGUGGGGAAUUAGCAUAGCUAAUAUUGCAGAUUUUGCUAAGCCACCGGAGAAACUUUCAUACCCUCAACAAUUUGCUGUCACCGCCACUGGGGUUAUCUGGUCUCGCUACAGUAUGGUAAUUACCCCGAAAAACUGGAACCUCUUUAGUGUAAACGUUGCAAUGGCUGGAACAGGAUUGUAUCAACUCUCCAGAAAAAUCCGGUACGAUUAUUUUAACGAAGAGAAGACUGCUGCUAUAAAGGAAUAAUGAUGAAAAACAGUCGAAGUUUCUACUAUAAAAUGCUUUGCUCAUGUGAUUUUUUAUGUCAUUGGUUUAUGUUUUUCUCUGAAGGAUGAUUGUUCAAUAAUAUAAUGUCAUGUCUAGUUUGUUUUUGCA